AUGCCGGGACCAUUGUAUGAUGAAUUUUUGAAAGAUUCGGGUGAUACCAUUGAUGGGCUUACUGCAAUAUACAAAUUAAAUACGUACAAUGAAAGCAGAAUUACAGAAAUUUUUAAUAUGAUCACAAAAAAAUUGAUAGAUGAGAGCGAUUUCAAGCCAUUAAAAAUUAUUUCCAUGAUAUGCGACGUAAUGUUCUGGAGAUAUCGAUUCUUCAAGCCAUAUUUGUUACUAAUUAAAAAGAUAAUUCAGAGAUAUCAUAUCAAAAGACUUGAAAGAUGUUCUGUUGUGCUUUAUUAUUAUCUAUCUAAGGAAUACGAUUUAAAGUUAGAAUAUCGCUACUCUGAACUCUUUAACACAUUCAACAUAAAUGAUGAUUUCUAUGAUGAUAUUUCUGAAGAAUACACGAUUUUUUCAUCAAUCAUUUAUGAUCAUGUUGAAAUGUUUAUUUCUUUUACAGAGAGAGAAGGAUUCAAUAGAAAACUGAUUAAGUCAUUUUCACUCACUCCAGAAAGAUAUGAAUGCCUAUGGUUUUUUUCAAUGAAAUUUACCCUACUUGAAUUUUGCUGCUAUCAUGGCGCUGUCAAGUGUUUCAAAUUUUUAAGAACGGAAUACCAUGCGACAAUCACUCAGAAAUGUCUUCAGUAUUCGUUUCUAAGUGGUGCCCCUGAUAUAUUAAAUGAGUGUUUGAAAUACCAAAAGCCAGAUUCCAAAUGUAUGGAAUGCGCAAUUGUUUCACACAAUAUCGACUUUAUUACUUUUUUAAUGAAUGAAUUUCGUCUAAAGAUCAGUCUUGAUUGGUGUUAUAAAUACAAAAAUCUCACUGCAUUAUAUGUUUAUCUUGAAAAUAAUGCUGUUCAUAAUAGAAACGCAGAGGAGAUACUUCAUCAAAUUGCUUGGAAUCAAGAAAUCAAAUUUCUAAAUCUUUUAAUUAUGUUCAAAGUAAAUUUAAAUUUAGUUGAUCAUUUAGGUAUGACACCUCUUCAUUAUGCAGCCGAGAAUGAUUGCAUGAGUAUAAUAACAACUCUUUUUUCUCAUGGUGCAUUUGUUAAUAUCCCAAAUAAUAACGGGGAAAUGGCCCUUCAUUAUGCAGCGGAAAAUGAUUUAAAUGAUUGUGUAGAUUUCCUCACAACUUGCGGUGCAUAUAUUAACGUCAGCGAUAAUAAUGGAAAGACUCCUCUUUUUUAUGCCGCAGAAAAUCAUGCAGUUAAAUCAGCUGGAAUUUUAAUUAAGAAAGGAGCAGAAAUAAAUAUAUUAGAUAAGUCUGGUAAAUCCCCUUUACACUAUGCAGCUAUGUAUAGCAGAAAAGAACAGGAAAAACUUAAGAAUUCAUCUAAUAUUGAUAAUGAUAUAUCAUUUAUUAAUAAGGUCGCAAAUCUAAGAAAAUUACACGAACCAGCUGAAUCGGUUAAAAUCAAUUUGUACAAAACAAACAGCCUUCUUUUAAAUGGAUAUUAUAUCGAUACAAAUAUUUUCAAUGAGUCAGAAAGAAAAAGCAUCGAAUUAACAAAACUUCUUAUUUCAAAUGGAGCGGAUGUUAAUGCAAGAGAUAUUGAAAAUCGAAAGACUGCUCUUCAUUAUGCUGCAGAGAGAAACUGUAAAAAUCUUGUCGAGUUUCUCAUUUCAUGUGGUGCAGAAGUCAAUGCGAAGGACAAAAAUGGUCUGAGUGCAAUUCAUUAUGCUGCCAGCAAGAAGAACAAAGACCUUAUUGAUAUUCUUAUUUCACAUGGAGCAGAUGUUAACUCUAGAGAUAAUAAUCAAAUUACACCUCUUCACAUUUCUUCAUACUUCAAUCAGGGAGAAAUCACCGAAACUCUUAUUUCUCAUGGUGCUGAUGUCAAUAUUCGAGAUAUUGAUAAAGAAACACCUCUUCAUUAUGCAGCAAAGAAAGGUUUUGUACAAAUUGCCAAAAUUUUAUUGUAUAACGGUGCCCAUGUCAGACCAUUUAAUAAAACAAAUAGAACACCAUUAAUGAUUGCCGAGUUUUUUGACAUAAAAAUGAAAUCUCUUCUAUAUAUGUUUUAUUGCAUUAGAAUGCUCAAAUCUCCAUUUGUUAAGUUGCGCAAACUAUCAAUUUGA